GUCGCGCUAUGGGCUGCGUGCUGUGCGGAGGGCACCACCCGCCCGCGGGCUGCGGCCCCGGCAGGUGCGCCGCGCUCCGUGCCCGGCAUUGCGCGGUGCGGUGCUCCGGGCGCUGUGCGGGGCUGCGAGCGGCGGGGAGGCGAUGCAGCCGAAGCGCCGCACUCCCAGGGCUGACCGUGCAAAGAGCCGUCCGCAAACCGCGCUGCUGAGCGAAGGACAUACUCGCAGCUCCGGUGCUCGGAGGAAGCAUCCGCAGUGUCAUGCAGAAGUACCUCGAGGAAAGGGGUGAAUUAACCUUCGACAAGAUCUUCCAUCAGAAAAUUGGAUUUUUGCUCUUUAAAGACUAUUGCAUGAAUGAAAUCGAUGAAGCCGUCCCUCAGCUGAAGUUCUAUGAAGAGAUCAAAGAGUACGAGAAGCUGGACUCGGAGGAGGAGCGCCUGAGCAGGAGCCGCCAGAUCUACGACACAUACAUCAUGAAGGAGCUGCUCUCCUGCUCCCACCCUUUCUCCAAACAAGCUGUAGACCACGUACAAACGCAUUUAUCCAAGAAGCAAGUGCCAGCCAGCCUUUUCCAGCCCUAUAUAGAAGAAAUCUGUGAUAGCCUCCGAGGGAAAAUAUUCCAAAAGUUUAUGGAAAGUGACAAGUUUACUAGAUUCUGUCAAUGGAAAAAUGUAGAGCUAAAUAUUCAUCUGACCAUGAAUGACUUCAGUGUACAUAGAAUAAUUGGAAGAGGGGGAUUUGGUGAAGUGUACGGGUGCAGAAAAGCAGACACUGGAAAAAUGUAUGCAAUGAAAUGUUUAGAUAAGAAGAGAAUCAAGAUGAAGCAAGGAGAAACAUUAGCCUUAAAUGAAAGAAUUAUGCUGUCUCUUGUCAGUACGGGAGACUGCCCUUUCAUAGUGUGUAUGACCUAUGCCUUCCACACCCCCGACAAACUCUGUUUCAUUCUGGACCUGAUGAAUGGAGGAGAUUUGCACUACCACCUCUCCCAGCACGGAGUGUUUUCUGAAAAAGAAAUGAGGUUUUAUGCUACUGAGAUCAUCCUGGGCUUAGAACACAUGCACAACCGCUUCGUUGUAUACAGAGACCUGAAGCCUGCAAAUAUCUUGCUGGAUGAACACGGGCACGUAAGGAUAUCAGAUCUGGGGCUGGCCUGUGAUUUCUCCAAAAAGAAGCCACAUGCAAGUGUAGGUACCCAUGGAUACAUGGCUCCAGAGGUGCUGCAGAAGGGAACGGCGUACGACAGCAGUGCGGACUGGUUCUCAUUGGGCUGCAUGCUUUUCAAACUUCUGAGAGGUCACAGUCCUUUCAGACAGCACAAAACCAAAGAUAAGCACGAGAUCGACCGGAUGACGCUCACCGUGAAUGUGGAGUUACCAGAUUCCUUUUCUCCUGAACUAAAAUCCCUUCUGGAAGGGCUCCUGCAGCGGGACGUUAGCAAGAGGCUUGGAUGCCAAGGGAGGAGUGCACAAGAAGUGAAAGAACAUCCUUUCUUCAAAGGGAUUGAUUGGCAGCAAGUGUAUUUACAAAAGUAUCCUCCCCCAUUGAUUCCUCCCCGAGGAGAAGUGAAUGCAGCGGAUGCUUUUGAUAUUGGGUCGUUUGAUGAAGAGGACACUAAAGGCAUUAAGUUGCUCGAUAGUGACCAGGAGUUAUAUAAGAACUUCCCACUGGUAAUAUCGGAGCGUUGGCAGCAAGAAGUAGCAGAAACUGUUUAUGAUGCAGUAAAUGCAGACACGGAUAAAAUUGAGGCCAGAAAAAGGGCUAAAAAUAAGCAGCUUGGCCACGAGGAAGAUUACGCCCUUGGGAAGGACUGCAUUAUGCACGGGUACAUGCUGAAGCUGGGGAACCCAUUCUUGACUCAGUGGCAGCGGCGUUACUUUUACCUCUUCCCAAACCGACUUGAAUGGCGAGGAGAGGGAGAGUCCCGGCAAAACCUACUGACCAUGGAACAAAUCCUGUCUGUUGAAGAAACCCAAAUUAAAGAUAAGAAAUGCAUCCUGCUGAGAAUUAAAGGAGGAAAGCAGUUUGUCCUGCAGUGUGAGAGCGACCCAGAAUUCGUUCAGUGGAAGAAAGAGCUGACAGAAGCUUUCACUGAGGCACAGAGGUUGCUGCGCCGGGCGCCCAAGUUCCUCAAUAAAUCUCGCUCCACUGUCGUAGAGCUCUCAAAGCCGCCGCUCAGCCACAGGAAUAGCAAUGGUCUGUAGGAGGGGGAGAGAACAAACCUCGCUUAGGGAAAGCUGCUGCGUGACCGUGUUGAGUUUCACAGAAUCCUUAUGAAUGACUUUGUGCAGCCCUGGCAGCGGGACGUGCUCAGAAGAGGAAGAAUUAGAUGUUUACAGCAUGGGGUAAUGUCAGAACUCUGAUUCUGGAUGGAGGUGGUGAAGUGUGGAACGAUGGCAGGUGAAUUUGUGCUCCUAGCAGAGGUGGGAACCCCCACACGUAGAGGCUGCAUUUUGCUCCCAUGCAUCCCCGCACCCCGGCGGUGCCCGGGAUGGUCCGUUAUGCUGGAACUACUGAUGGAAGGAAGCUGUUGUCCCUGCAAUACCCCCUGUUUGGUGCAUACCGAGCCUGGAAACUGCAAUGGUUACUGCUAGCUAGGGUUACACGUUGUGUGUAACGCCGACGAACCCCUCACCUUUGGAAGGAGCUGCAGACUUGCCCUGUUGGAUCACCUUUAAUCUGUCGUGUUGCCAUGUCCUUCCCAGCCGUUACUGCUGACUCUAUAAUAACCUUUCUCCAUACUGCUGAUGAUCAACAGUGUGACUCUUAUGCACUUCGAAGUACUGAAUUCUAACUGUCCUGUGGUUUAAAUGUUAUUGCUACUUCAUGGAAACAUUGAACUCAGAUUAUUCACUUGGUUUGUUGUACUCACUAAAUAGUAGCUACCACCAUUUUGCUUCUUCUACGUAUAUGCAGUACUAUAACUGACACAAUAGAGUAAUAAUUGGUGAAGAGGAAUUUACGGUAGCUUCAUCUAGUGCUCUGUUGUAUAAAUUGACUGUUUUAGCACAGUUUUUAAAGAGCAGAUUCCUUUUGACAAGUUUACAGCAAACAUAAAGACAGUUCUUUUCCAUUUCAGGUCAACUGCACUUUUUAAAAAUUAAAAAAGAAAAAAAAAAAAAAGAAAAAAAGAAAUCAUACAAAUCCAAUGCAUUCUAGUGCAUGUACUGGGUGAAAAGGUCUGGGGACCUCGGUACGUAUUCCGGAUCGCUCUUCACUUAUGGGACGUGUGGAUCCUUCUCUGUUGAAGCACACCCAUGGCAGGUGUGUGCUCGUAGCAUAGCUAGCCCAGGUGCUCCCUGCAGCCGAGCUCAGCAGGUCCGUGUGUGCGUCACACGGCUCGGAUGGCAGCGGGAUUCUUACUUUCCUUUGCUAGAGAAAUCAAAGCGUCCACGUUGAGAACAGUCUGGGAAGGCUGAGGAUGGAACGUAGCAAACGGUGAAAUGGCAGAUCGGCCUGAAUGCUGCUUGAGACAUCGCUCGUGUCGUGCGGAAGCUCUUAACUUGACAGAACGAAGAUGCAGUCUCUAAUUGUUAGGCAACUCGAAGCACGCGGUGUCCGCCUCUCCCUGGUCGGUGUGGUGGCAGGGCUGAGUUGGAGCUUUUUGUCUCUCUCUGUAAGCGCCAUAGAAAACACUUUCUGCCCCAUUGUGGAGGCACAGCUCUCACAGCACUGCUGGUGGUGGGAAAUGCCUCUGUAAGGGAAGCUCCUGUGCCCUUCCAUGGCGAGGAGCCCCUCACUGCUGCCGUGUUCCCAUGGAAGGAGUUGUGCCCUUGGGAAGGGAUCCCUGAGAGCCAGGUGGUGUCUUGGUGCGUGUUCUUCCCGUUAAUGGUUGGGGUUACUCUGUAAAAGGAGUACAGAAUAAUCCAACCUUGCUGGCAAGCGAUGCUUAACAUCGCAGCAUCCUUGGGAAGGAGCUGUGCUGGUAUUUACCAAGGGUUGGGAUAGAGAAUCCCAUCGUGCUGCCACUGACUGCACACUGGGUGUUGUCACGUUCUUCCCCCAAUGCCAUGCAUGUUUCGUGUUGGGCUGGAAAGAAAACUCCACUGAUGAUCAACUCUACUCUCAGCUCUCAUAUAACUCAUCUGUAUUGCCUUAGCUCAGCACGGGUCCCAUUCAGCUCCUUUGGUCAUGGAGAGUGCCGCUCCGGACGCAGUGCAGCAGAGCUGUGCCAGCAGUGGAGCAGUGCCCCAGCACCACGUUGGCACCCACUGACACCGCAGCACUGCCAGGAGUCUGCAAAGGAGUGCUUUGCAUUGAGGCCUGUGGGUGUUUGCACAGAGCACGGCGUUGGGCACCGAGGAGGUGAGGCGCAGCGCUGCUUUGUAUGCAUGGUGACCAUGGCGUUGGUAUGGCUCGUUUUGUUUUCUUUGUCAGCUUCAGGGAAGUAAAGAUAAAAGAAACGAGAGCUUCGGGCAUCAACAGAGCGAGGUGAAUGAUUAAGCACAGGGUUUUGUUUUUGUUUUUUUUUUAAACAAUUAGUCUGAAAAGUCCCUUUAAAAAGUGAUCCGGACUGAGCACUUGGGCACACAGGGAAUAGCUGCUUGCAUUUCAGCACGGAGAGAUGCUAGAUAAACCACGCCGGGCGCUCGCUGACGUCCACACAUGCCUCCAGCACUGCAGGGGUUCUCUCUGUCGUCCUCUGGGGCUGAUGGUGUGAGCUGAUAGCGUGGAGGCAGUGGGCUGUGCGGUGGCUGCGGGGUUUGGAUGUGUGUUUGCUGCAGGUUUGGACUCAGGGGCUUUGAUGGCGGACUGUUGUGUGUCCCAGCAGUGGGCAGUUCUCUUCUUCACAUGGAGUGGUUGUUCUGCGUAUGCGUGGGACUGCUAAAGGGACUCCCCCACUCAACCAGGUGUGGGUGGAAGAGGGGCUGUUGUGCAGUGUACAGUAAAUAGUUGUGGUCGUGUCAGUUAACGGAAGGAAUGGGAAACCUGAAAAACGUAUUUUGAAGAAGCAUAGUAUUAAUUUUAGUAUUGUAAAAAAGAGAGAAAGAAAGAAAGAAGGGACAUAUCUAAAGUAUACAGAGAACAUAUGUAUAGCCAAACGUCCGAGGAACUUGGAGAUGCUCUGCUUUUGUUUCCCGUCGCUUCCUACCCGUGGUGUACAUAUCGUGUGGAUGGGAUAACUGUUGUUAAAUUGUACUUUUAUUUUGCGUGAAACGGAUCGCCACAGACUCAGCUUUAUUUUGUUUACGUAAAGGUCGCUAUGCUCUGUCGGUAUAAAACCAAGAAUUCUAUUUUAACAAAGAAAAGAGAAAGGAAAAAAAAAAAAAGAAAGAAAGAAAGCCAUUUUAUAUUAUUUAUUUAAACACGCGUCCCUCCCGCUUGUGACAUUCCACAGCGCUGCUCCCGUGCACGGCUGGCUGCAGAGCAGCAGGGCCUUCCAGGCAGGAGCUGUCAGCUUUAUUCUGUUUUUCACAUCCAAGUCGGGCCACGUUCAGUGCCAGCGCCCUGCAUGGCGUUGCCGGGAGCGUCUCUGAGCGCAACGGCUGCGGAACGUCUCCGAUAUCCUUUCCAAGCAGCCCUCGGUCUGACUGGUAGCUGUGAUCCCCCCCUUCAUCCCUCUGUUAGCUUCUGUUGGGUUGAACCAAUGGCCCCAAAGUGGGGCGGAGAGGAGGCUGCUCGGAUGGUUAAAAGGCUUUUCAAUUGGAAGCUUUAACGAGGGAGCCCGGAGAGACCACUGGGGAAGGGGAGGUGAGCAUCAGCUCGGAGCUGUUUGUGCUGUGCUGGGUCGGUGCUUGCACAGAGCUAUGGGGGCAGAUCCUGGCCGUGGCUGGGAUGGGCAGCGGGCUGUGUGCUGGGAGCGGUGCUUUGGGACCGGGCUGAGCGCUGCACUUCGGUCUGUAGCGGAGCCAUCCUGCCCCGGCGAGGCACAGAAAUAGCAUCAGAUAGCUCAGCAACCCAAAAUAACCCCCGCUCACAUCGUGGGCUCUGCAGUUGGAGGAAGGCGUCGAGGUGUUACAGUACGCGCUUUAGGUUUCCACCCUGUCGUUACGCAGCUGUUUGGGGUUAAAAGUGCCAUCCUGGGGGGGGGGGGGGGGGGGGGUGACGUGUCGCUUUGGUGGGCACGGUCGGGUCCUAUGGACCCAUCGCCUGCUGUGUGGCAUGGAGCCAGGAGCUGUGCUGGUGCAUCAGAGCCCGGCAUGGGGAGCUGGGCACGUGCCGGAGCCGGGUGCCGUGGGGCUGUGCCGUGCCGUGCCGUGCUGGCAGUGUGGGCUGCAGCUGUCUGCUCCCGGCUGCAACAGGAGGCUGUUGGAAGGGGAGGGAGCUGAGAGCACAAAUCGAGAGGGCAAUGGGUCUGAAAAACAGAAUAAAGUGAGAGCGUCCUCGGAGAGGCGUUUCCGUCAGCACUGUCCCAGUGCCCAAAUUCAGCCCUUCCAACAGAGGAGCAGAUGCACACCGAUAGCUACUAAAGGGAUCCAUUGAAGAGAACCAGUUUUCAAUGCGUGACUUAACGGUGAGAGAGAGAGGAAAAAAAAAAGCCAGUAUCUGUAAAUAACUUUAGAUAUUGUAACUAUGAGGAUCACGAUUUGUUUUAUGUACUUUGGCUCUUUCCUAUUUAUUGUGCAGAGGAGGUUCCCCCCCCCCCCCGGCCGUGUGCUCCGUGCCGCACUCGGUUCAUCCCGCCGUUAUUUUUAUUAAAGGAUCCUUUGGGGACAGCUAAGCUGCUUCUGUGUGUUGGUCAGCUGCUCUCAUACAACGAGAACCCCAAUAAAAAACCGUCAUUGGA